AUGGCUGAGUCAGCUUUCCUACCUGGAAGCUGGUCUUUGAAAGUUCCUGUUCAGAUGGUUUGGUGUGCUCUGGAGACCUCUUUGCUAACUGAUGGAAUAGAUAUCAGCUGGCAGGAGAUGCUGAAGUUUAAGCAAAGGACCAGACCAUCUCCUUUAACAUAUUAUAGGGAAGCAUCAGGAGAAUACUAUGGGGGUGUUGGGAACAGAAUGCAAAUUCACAGGGAAUCCAGUAGCCAGUGGAAUUCAGGAAACUAUAUUUAUUACAUUGAAGAUGAUGAUGAGGACUUAGAGGAAAAGAGGUGGAGGGAAAAAGAGGAAAAGCGGCUUGCUGGAUGGCAGAAGCAAUGUAUUGCAGCACAGAGAGACCGUGGCUAUGAGGAGGAACACGAUACCUUCCUACUUUCUCCAUCUAAUUUUGGUAAGUCAAGUAGCAAUUCAUUACAUAUCAAUGUGGGUGGAACCAGCUAUCAAAUUUCCUAUACAGUUGCAGCCAGUUAUCCCAAGACUCGAAUAGGUCGUCUGGCAACAUACACUGACCGUCAUCGUAAGCUUGAUUUGUGUGAUGAUUACAAUCCAGCAGAAGAUGUAUAUUUCUUUGACCGUGAUCCAGCAAUUUUCCACCACAUCUACAUCUUCUACCGCACUGGGGUAUUGUGGAUAAGAGAUGAGUUAUGCCCCCGCAAUUUCCUAGAGGAAAUCAACUACUGGGGAGUAAGGGUGAAACACACCCCUCGAUGUUGUCGUAUCUCUUUUGAAGAGAGGCAAGAUGAGUUGACAGAGCAAUUAAAAAUACAAAGAGAGUUAAGAGCUGAGAUGGAGACUGAAGAGAAUGAGGAGCUUUUCCGAGGAAUGCUCUAUGGGCACCUAAGACGUAGAAUCUGGAACCUGAUGGAGAAACCGUUUUCUUCAAUCACAGCUAAGGCCAUGGCAGUAGCAUCCAGUUUUUUUGUUCUUAUAUCAGUUGUUGCUAUGACACUUAACACAGUCGAGGACAUGAAAUACAAAAAUGCUUCAGGAGUUCCCAGUGGGAGACCCUAUCUGGAGCACGUGGAGACCCUUUGCAUUGCCUUUUUUACUCUGGAGUACAUUCUGCGACUCAUAUCCACUCCGGACCCACAGCGAUUUGUGCGCAGUGUCCUUAAUGCUGUUGAUUUAAUUGCCAUCUUACCACUAUAUUUGCAAAUGCUUCUUGAGAGUUUUACAGAUGAUGCAGAAGGGGGGAAAGGAUCCAGCCAUGAGCAUGAGAUUGAGGCUGUAGGACGUGUUGGAAAACUUGGUCAAGUGCUGAGGAUUAUGAGGCUUAUGCGAAUCUUCAGAAUCCUGAAACUGGCACGCCAUUCUACAGGACUUCGAGCUUUUGGAUUCACCCUCCGACAAUGCUAUCAGCAGGUGGGGUGCCUGUUUCUCUUCAUUGCCAUGGGAAUCUUUUCAUUUUCCGCUAUGGUGUACACAGUUGAACAUGAUGUUUCUGGAACCAAUUUUACUAGCAUUCCCCAUUCUUGGUGGUGGGCAGCAGUCAGCAUUUCAACAGUAGGAUAUGGAGACAUGUAUCCAGAAACCCAUCUUGGACGAUUAUUUGCUUUCCUCUGCAUUGCUUUUGGGAUCAUUCUAAAUGGGAUGCCUAUAUCCAUCCUUUAUAAUAAGUUUUCCGAUUAUUACAGUAAACUGAAAUCUUACGAAUAUACAACAAUACGAAAAAAAAGAGGAAGGGUUAACUUUACUGGCAGAGCCAUGCAGAAGAUGUCACAGUUUUGUACAACAGAACCAAUACAGCAUAUUCAGAGGCAUAGGGCUGGAUAA